AUGGAGCACCAAAAUCGGGAAAUUUCCGAAGAAAACAACCCAUUCACUGACCGGAAAAAUAGUGAAUAUGGGAUAAACAAAGAAGAAGAUGGAGACGUUAUUAUUAAUUGCCCGGAAUCAACGAUAUGUCCGGAAAAGAGGCAUCAAUGUAAGGAGUGCGACAAGAGUUUCAGCUCGGGCAAGGCUUUAGGCGGGCACAUGAGCAGCGCCCAUGUCCAGGCCAGCAAGGAUUACUCUCUCAAAACGGGCUCCAGCUCUCCAGGGCCCGGCCCGGAAUGCCCUAUAUGCGGAAAACAGUUCCUCAACCAGAAGUCGCUGUACGGCCACAUGCGUUGCCACCCGGAUCGCGAGUGGAGAGGGAUGGAACCACCGCCAACGAGUCCAGAUGAUACUCUCAAGGGAUGGGCUGUGAAGGCUAUACGAGGCAGCGGCGCGCAGCCUAAUAAAACCCAGGAUAUUUCAAGCGAGGAUUAUGAGGAAGGUGUUCGGGCUGGGCACGAGCUUCUGAGGUUGCUCAAACGGAAUCUCGACAGUUGUGGUUACGAAAAUGGGCAUAAUAAUGAGGUGAGAUACGGAAACAGAGAUUCCACGAGGCAGAAAAUCGGAAAAAUCAAGGCUGAUAUUCUGUUUAACAGUGCCGAAUCAGAAAACGGGACACAAGAAAAUCAUACCAAUCAGAGGUUUGAUUUCAAGAAAAUACCGAUUUUGGAUAAUGUGCCGAUUAAGCCCAAACCGAAGCAGAAGGAUGGUUUGUGUGAUUAUUAUAAAUAUGCAUGCAGUAUAUGCAGUAAAGUGUUCUCUUCCCACCAGGCACUGGGUGGACAUAAAUCGAGCCACAACAAGUUCAAGAUCAACAUUGUGAAUGCGGUCGAUCAGGUUACGACUUCCCAGGACAAGAAUGCAUGCUGUGAAGCGAGAAACUAUAAUGGUGAACAGAAACAAGCUCAACUCAAGUGUGAUGAUAAUGGUGGCAAUAGUAAGGAUAAAGGGAAAGUUGUGAGGGGUUUUGAUCUCAACAUGAUGCCUGAUGAUGAGGAAGUUGAAGAUUCCUCUGCUGAUAAGUCUGAGGUUUAG